AUGAUGUUUCCGUUGUGUGUGUAUGCUGCUGUUAUCUUAUGUUCUUUUACAUCAAUUAGCAAUGGAAAUGUCGAACAAACUGUAUUACGUGGUGUCCAAACUUCACUUCUUUCAAUGUAUAUUCCAUCGAAACCAUUUACUUGUCUUGAUGGUUCAUUAACAGUUCCAUUUGAAUUUGUUAAUGACGACUAUUGUGAUUGUCAAGAUGGUAGUGAUGAACCAGGAACGUCAGCUUGCUCAAAUGGACAAUUUUUUUGUGAAAAUAAAGGUUAUCUUGGUACAUUAAUACCUUCACAUUUUGUCGGUGAUGGUAUAUGUGAUUGUUGUGAUGGAUCCGAUGAAUAUGAGACUACUAUUGUUUGCAAUAAUACUUGCUUUGAGUUAACUCAAAAAUUUCAAGCUGGACGUGAUGCAAGACGAACAUUACAUGAAGCAGGCGUAGCAAAAAAGAAAGAAAUUAUUGCAAAAUCAAAAGCCAUUACUUCUGAGCGACAAGAACAUUUCAAUGAGCUUGAACGAGAUUUAAAUAAUCUAGAAAACGACCUGAAAGAGACGGAAAAACUGAAACAAGAAGCAGAAGUUCUAGAAUAUGCAGCAAAAGAAAAAAAUCAAAAACUCUGGGAAGAAAAACGUGCUAUACAACAAGCCAUGGUUCGUGAUCAACAAAUACGUGAAAUUUUUGUUGAUUUAGAUACCAAUGAAGAUUCAUUGGUAUCAAUCGAUGAACUACAAAAACAUACAGAACUUGAUACCAAUCAAGCGAAUGAAUUUACAGUAGAAGAAGUUCGAUCAAUACUUGGCUCUGAUUCAGUUAAUUUCAAUGAGUUUAAUACGAUUGUAUUUGAAAAAAUAUCGAAUUCAUAUCAAAGCUCGCCUGAACCAACGACACCCACACCUGAACCAACUCCACUUCCAGAGCCAUCGAUAUAUUCAGCAACCACUCCAUCAUCUAUAUUAGAAACACAUGGAUAUGAAGAAGAAGAAGUCACAACGACAUCAUCUUUCUAUAAAGAUAAUGAGGAAGAAAAUAACAAUGAAAGAGAUGAUUAUCAUGAAUCUUCAUCAGUCUCAACAUCACUUGAACACGAAAAACAUAUUCAUGCUAGUUUAGCCCCAGAAUAUGAUAAUGAAACUAAAGUAUUAAUACAAAUAGCUGAUCAAGCUCGAAAUGAAUACAAUCAACUCAAAGAGAAAAUUAUUCAAAUUAAACGUCAAAUUCAAGAUUUUAAAAAGCAAUCAGAUGUUGAUCUUGGACCGAAUAGUGAUUAUGCACCGAUACUUGAUGAAUGUUUUGAUUAUGAUGAACGAGAAUAUACAUAUCGAAUAUGUAUGUUCAAAACUGCUAAACAGAUAUCAAAGGGUGGUAGUAGUGAAGUUACUAUAGGCUAUUGGGAUUCAUGGUCUGGACCGAAAGAUGAUAAAUAUUUGAAAAUGAAAUAUUCUAACGGUGCUACUUGUUGGAAUGGUCCACCUCGAUCGUUAACAGUUACAUUGCAAUGCGGAACUGAACAAAAACUUAGCGAUGUACGAGAACCAAGUCGAUGCGAAUAUACUAUGACAUUUGAAACACCAUUGGCAUGUGAUGAAACUAUAGCUAAUAGACCUCUACAUCCUGGCCAUGUCGAAUUUUAA